GCUGCUCUGAAAAGCCAUCUUUGCAUUGUUCCCCGUCUGGCUCUCUGCUCGCUGCAACCGCCUCCGCCGCGUGCCUCCCCCACCGGGGGCUCCAGCAGCUUUGACGCCAGAUUCCUCGAACUCUCGUGUUCUACUUAGUCCCUUGCAUCGGAACACCGGUGUGCCCCACCAUGUCAGACGCAGCCGUGAGCACCAGCUCCCAGAUCACCACCAAGAACUUAAAGGAGAAGAAGGAAGUUGUGGAGGAGGUGGAACAUGGAAGAGAUGCCCCUGCUAAUGAGGACAAUGGGGAGAAGGAGGCUGACAAUGAGGUAGAUGAAGAAGAGGAAGAAGGUGGAGAGGAGGAGGCGGAGGAAGAAAGUGACGGGGAGGAGGAGGAUGGAGAUGAAAAUGAGGAAGCUGAAGCCGCUACUGGCAAACGGGCUGCUGAAGAUGAUGAGGAUGACGAUGUUGAUACUAAGAAGCAGAAGACUGAUGAGGAUGACUGGACAGCAAAAAAAGGAAAAAUUAAACUAAAAAAAAAAAAAAAAAAAAAGGCUGCCGUGACCUAUUCACCCUCCACUUCCCAUCUCAGAAUCUAA